CACCUUUUCUUCCCCAUCACCUGAAACCGCCCUUGUUCCGAAUUUCCUCUCUGCUUCGUUUUGGAUCGAUCCGUGGAGCUGUGAUAUUGAAGGCUUUUCAUUCUCGCUAUUUUCUCUACCAUCCUUCCAUUCGAUCAAAACCUGAAAAUUCGCCCAAAUGAAGCUCACUGUGAAGACUCUAAAAGGGAGCCACUUCGAAAUUAGGGUUCAACCCACCGACACAAUCAUGGCGGUGAAGAAAAAUAUUGAAGAUGUACAAGGAAAGGACAAUUAUCCAUGUGGUCAACAAUUAUUGAUUCACAAUGGAAAGGUUUUGAAAGAUGAAAGUACUCUGGCAGAGAAUAAGGUGUCUGAAGAUGGAUUUCUUGUUGUCAUGCUUAGCAAGAGUAAAACUUUGGCCUCAGCUGGGACUUCAUCUGCACAGCCUGGAUCUACAACUCAAUCAGUGUCUAAUCCCACUCCUGCACCAGAAGCUCCUAUACAAGCACCGGCCCCAAAGAGCACCUCACCUUCUUCCAAUGAGGCAACAACCACUGUUUCUUCAGAUGUCUAUGGGCUGGCUGCUUCCACUUUAGUUGCUGGUAGUAAUCUUGAGGAGAUCAUUCAACAAAUAAUGGAUAUUGGUGGUGGCAAUUGGGACAAACAAACUGUUGUCCGUGCACUUAGAGCUGCUUAUAACAAUCCAGAGCGAGCUGUGGAUUACCUGUAUUCAGGUAUUCCAGAAGUAGCAGAGGUUGCAGCGCCAGUGCCUAGUUUCCCUAUGAACCAGGCAACUUCUGAGGGAGUUGAAGCAGGUGGUGCAGCAGCUGAUGCACCCACUUCUGGGGCCCCUAAUUCAUCUCCGUUAAAUUUGUUUCCUCAGGAAACAAUUCCUGGUGGUGGCAGUGGUGGCCUUGGUCCCCUUGAUUUCCUUAGGAACAGCCAGCAGUUUCAGACAUUGCGUUCAAUGGUGCAAGCAAAUCCACAAAUUUUACAGCCGAUGCUUCAGGAGCUCGGAAAACAAAACCCCCAACUUUUGAGAAUUAUCCAGGAGCACCACGCUGAGUUUCUUCAACUAAUAAAUGAGCCUGUUGAAGGUUCUGAAGGGGAAUUAUUUGAUCACCCUGAACAGGACAUGCCGCAUGCUAUUAGUGUCACACCAGCAGAGCAAGAGGCAAUAGAACGACUUGAGGCUAUGGGAUUUGAUAGAGCGCUUGUAAUUGAGGCUUUUUUGGCCUGUGACCGCAAUGAGGAAUUGGCAGCAAACUACCUAUUGGAGCAUACUGGAGAUUAUGAAGAUUAAAUGUCAUAUAUCCAGGUGAAGAUGAACGGAUGCAAUGUUGUUGACAUGUCCCAGGAGUUUUUUUAAUGUAAGCGGCGCAACAUGGUGAGAAAUUCAGGUGGCACUGUGGAUCAUCUUCAUUUUUUUUUGGGGGGGGGGGGGGGGGGUAUUUAUGCAUCAUAUGACUGGAUGGUUCACUUGGUGGGCUGGGUUGGGUUGGGUUGGGUUGUGCAGUGCAGUUGAUUUUUUUUUUUUUUGUGGUAACCCGUUGUUUCUCUUUCUGUUGGAGUUGGGUUGUGGCCCCGAGAGAGAUUCUGAUACUUUUGAACGUUUUUUUCUCCUCCUCCUCCUCCUCAUCUGGCCUUUGCCAGGGAGGGAAUUAUUGAGAAUUCAGAUGUCAAUUUAAUUUAGUUUGGUUCCCCUUUUUUCCGAGGGGUGAGUCA